GGCGCCGGGCGGCCACGUGGUGGUGCUGCCGCUGCCCCCGCCCCGCCAGCCCAGCCUCGGAGCCGCGGCGCCCACUGACCCCCGCAGCGGAGGAGGAGGAGGGACCGAGGCGCAGGAAGCCGGGCAGGAAGCGAGCCCGGCGGCCGCGUUUUCCUGGGGAAGCGGCGGGCGGGGUGGCUCAGCCAGCGGGACCCGGGAGCAGCCGCCGUCGACUGGAUGGGGUGUUGAGCAGUCACGUCUAGAGCUUUGGAAGGCUGAAUGGACUGACCAUGAAGAGCUUGAAAGCGAAGUUCAGGAAGAGUGACACCAACGAGUGGAACAAGAAUGAUGACCGGCUGCUGCAGGCCGUGGAGAAUGGAGACGCGGAGAAGGUGGCUUCGCUGCUGGGCAAGAAGGGGGCCAGUGCCACCAAACAGGACAGCGAGGGCAAGACAGCUUUCCAUCUUGCUGCUACAAAAGGACACGUGGAGUGCCUCAGGGUCAUGGUUACACAUGGCGUGGAUGUGACAGCCCAAGAUACUGCCGGACACAGUGCUUUGCACCUCGCAGCCAAGAACGGCCACCAUGAGUACAUCAAGAAGCUCCUUCAGUCUAAGUGCCCGGCCGAAGGCACGGACAGCUCUGGGAGGACCGCUUUGCAUUACGCAGCGGCACAGGGCUGCCUUCCAGCCGUGCAGGUUCUGUGCGAACACAAAAGCCCGGUAAACCUCAAGGACUUGGAUGGGAAUAUACCGUUGCUUCUUGCGGUACAAAACGGCCACAGUGAGGUCUGUCGCUUUCUUCUGGAUCACGGAGCAGAUGUAAAUUCCAGGGACAAGAACGGAAGAACCGCUCUGAUGGCGGCGUGUGAGACCGGCAGCUAUAACAUCGCGGAAGCCUUAAUCAAAAAAGGUGCAGACCUCGCCCUUGUAGACUCGCUUGGACACAAUGCCUUACAUUAUUCUAAACUCUCCGAAAACGCAGGAAUUCAAAGCCUUCUGUUAUCGAAAAUCUCUCAGGAUGCUGAUUUAAAGACACCAACAAAACCAAAGCAGCAUGAUCAAGUGUCUAAAAUAAGCUCAGAAAGAAGUGGAACUCCAAAAAAACGCAAAGCUCCACCACCUCCUAUCAGUCCUACCCAGUUGAGUGAUGUGUCUUCCCCAAGGUCAAUAACUUCAACACCAAUUUCGGGGAAGGAAUCAGCAUUUUUUGCUGAACCACCCUUCAAGCAGGCUGAGAUCAGUUCCAUCCGGGAAAACAAGGACAGGCUGAGUGACAGUACCACGGGCGCUGAUAGCUUACUGGAUAUAAGUUCUGAAGCUGACCAACCAGAUAUUCUUGUCCUGUUACAAGCAAAAGUUGCAUCUCUUACCUUACACAAUAAGGAAUUACAAGAUAAAUUACAGGCCAAGUCACCCAAGGAGGCAGAAGCUGACCUGAGCUUUGACUCUUACCAUUCCACUCACACUGACUUGGCUCCAUCUCCGGGGAAACCUAGUGAAACCGGUCCCCCAGACCUCAAAGCCUCUCCACCUGUCCUAACACAGUAUGUGAGUGAAUCCAUUCUCGACAGCGAUGUCAGAAUCCAGCAACUACAAGAGCUUUUGCAAGACCUGCAGAGGAGACUGGAGAGCUCCGACGCAGAGAGGAGGCAGCUGCGGGCCGAGCUGCAGUCCAGGCGGCCCGAGCCUGCCUGCUUGAACAACGCCGAGAUUUCCGAGAACGGCUCUGACCUCAGCCAGAAACUCAAAGACACUCAGAGCAAGUACGAGGAGGCGAUGAAGGAAGUCCUCAGUGUGCAGAAGCAGAUGAAGCUGGGCCUCGUCUCACCCGAGAGCGUGGACGCUUACUCCCAUCUCCGGGAGCUGAGGGUCACCGAGGAGGAGAUACGUGCGCUAAAGCAGGAUCUCCAGAAUGCGCUAGAAGAAAGUGAAAGAAACAGAGAGAAAGUGAGAGAGUUAGAGGAAAAACUUGCAGAGAGGGAGAAAGGUACGGUAACUCAGCCACCUGUAGACGAGUAUGAGGAAAUGAAAAGUUCCUAUUGUUCUGUUAUUGAGAGUAUGAAUAAGGAGAAAGCAUUUUUGUUAGAGAAAUACCAAGAGGCCCAAGAAGAAAUCAUGAAACUAAAAGAUACACUAAAAAGUCAGAUGACUCAGGAGGCAGGCGAUGACGCCGAAGACAUGAAAGAGGCCAUGAACAGGAUGAUAGAUGAACUCAACAAACAGGUGAGCGAGCUGUCCCAGCUGUACAAAGAAGCCCAGGCCGAGCUGGAGGAUUACAGGAAAAGGAAAUCUCUGGAAGACGUCACAGCUGACUAUAUCCAUAAAGCAGAGCAUGAGAAACUGAUGCAGGUGACCAACAUGUCUAGGGCCAAAGCAGAAGAGGCGUUGUCUGAAAUGAAGUCUCAGUACUCAAAAGUGUUGAAUGAGUUGGCUCAGCUCAAACAGCUGGUAGAUGCCCAGAAGGAGAACUCAGUCUCCAUCACAGAACAUUUGCAGGUGAUAACCACGCUGCGGACGACCGCCAAAGAGAUGGAGGGGAGAAUCGGCACCCUUAAAGAGCACCUUGCCAGCAAGGAAGCAGAAGUGUCCAGACUGGAGAAGCAGCUUGUAGAAGAGAAGGCGGCGAUGACCGAGGCGAUGGUGCCCAGGUCUGCCUACGAAAAGCUCCAGUUGUCAUUAGAAAGUGAAGUGAGCGUGUUGGCGUCCAAAUUAAAGGAUUCCGUAAAAGAGAAAGAGAGAGCCCAUUCAGAGCUUGCCCAGAUUAGAAGCGAGGUCUCUCAACUGAAAAGGGAAAAAGAAACUAUCCAGACUCUCUUGAAAUCCAAAGAGCAAGAAGUAAAUGAACUUCUGCAGAAGUUCCAGCAUGCUCAGGAAGAGCUUGCAGAAAUGAAGAGAUGUUCGGAGAGCUCUUCAAAACUAGAGGAGGACAAAGACAAGAAGAUAAAUGAGAUGUCGAAGGAGAUCACCAAGUUGAAGGAGGCGCUGAACAGCCUGUCACAACUCUCCUACUCGGCGAGCUCCUCCAAGAGGCAGAGUCAGCAGCUGGACGGGCUGCAGCAGCAGGUCAAGCAGCUCCAGACGCAGCUGGCUGAAUGCAAGAAGCAACACCAGGAGGUCAUAUCGGUUUACAGGAUGCAUCUUCUGUAUGCUGUGCAGGGCCAGAUGGAUGAAGAUGUCCAGAAAGUACUGAAGCAGAUCCUUACCAUGUGUAAAAACCAGUCCCAGAAGAAGUAGAACGGACUCCUUGGCAGGACACUGCCCCUUGUUGUCCACCUCUGUGUCGGACCCGGAGUCAUCGACGACCACCGCCGUUGUUCUCGUUUGUGGCAUGCACCGUGACCUAGUCUAGUUCUUCCCUUUCCAAAGGCUUCUUUCGGGGGACUGGUCCCAGGAAAAGACUGUCCUCCCCAGAACUGCCUAAGAGACUUGAAAGCAGCAGAGAUGACAGGGGCCAUCGUCCUUGCUGAUUCCGGAGCCGGGAUCCGCCACGCCCAGGAGUCCGGCCCUGGUGCUGGCAAGUGGGCAUCCUCCUCGGUCCCCGACCAGCUGCGCGGCUUCGUCAUCACUGAGUGACAUGUUGACACCUCUGCCCAGUAAAUGCUGCUUUGGUUCCUACGCUCUGGCUGUACCGUUGAGCACAGCAGGGCUCUUUCUGCCUUUGGUUUCCAAUCCCCAAAACGUGAUUUGACUUCCAACGAAAUUACUAUGGCGCUAGUUAGCGGUGCAUGCUUACGCCCUUUUAUCAUGAUAUCCUGUGGAUUUGAAAACCCUAAUUCCAUCUUUUUCCCCCAUCUGCCUUAUAUAGCUCAUCACUGGCUUGUCAAUCUUAGCUUGAUGAGCACCAGCCACUAAAAUCCGAAGCUUAAAAACAAAAGCAAAUUGCCCUUAAAAGUUUUUAAGUAAAUCGUUGAGGUAUUGCAAAUUUUCUAUGCAAACUUGCCUUCUGCCGUUAUCCGUGAAGCUCAGGAAAUCCAAACAUUUGUGUUUCAACAAGGGACGGUAAACUGCAUGUUUACAGCCAAAAGAAAUGCCUCAUAGUUCUUAACCUCAAUUUUUUUAAGUGUUUUUUCUCUACAAUAUUUUUAUUGGCUCUUAAAAAUGUUUUCAUAUCUAAAUCCCUAACUAAGUGAAAUUCACAUUAGACUAUAUUAACAAAAUAUUUUUUAGGUAACCGUGCUUAAGACUUUUUAGAAAUAGAACUUUUUCCUCAAAGUUUUCAGCUAUAGCAAAAGGUAGUUACGUAUUCCAAAGUCAGGACGAGCUGCCAGCCCCCUCGCAUUUCUGCCACAGUGUCCUCAGAACUGUAGCACAUUUCUUAAUAUAGUAAAUGCUCUUUGACCCAUUGAGUAAUUGUGAAUGCCCCCGCUCCACCAGUGCCCCUAAAUUAUCUCCGGAAGAACUGUUAGUCACAGUCAGUUUUUCAACUUCGAAGCUACAUAUCCUGAUAUGGUAAACCUUAUGGUGCAUAUAGCAAAGGUCUUAAGGGGGAAAUAUUUCUGUUCACUUUCCUUUCAGGUUAAAAAUGUUUUCUAACUUGCUUGCAACUUCCCUUACAACACUGACCUUACUGAGGGAUGUAAACAGAAUACAGGCAUCUGCAAAGUAUGUAAUUAAACUGUAGGCCUGCUCCGACAGGGCCCGCGUCCCGCAGGGCUGCCUGGGCUCAGGGGUGCUUGGCUGUGUUGGAUGAUGACCAGUGACAACAAAGCAAAAAUGGCUUUCAAGCUUGGUGUUUCUUUUCUUAAGUUGUUUGUAGUUCAGCAGUUUCGAAAAUGCUCCAAAGAAAUGUGAAAGGACUUUUUGUUACAGCACUUAACACAAAACGACCCCCUCCUGCUCCCCCACCGAAAUGCUGCAGAGUAUAAAACUUGAGAAAUUUUGUAGGAUGCUUGACAGAGCGUAGCCUUUUAUCUUGUUUCAGGAUGCAUAUUUAUUACAAGUACUCUGGUUAAAUAUUGAAAAGUUAUAUGCUGUAGUUUAGCCGUUUG